AUGCGCCUCAGGAAAGGGCGUCUCUGCGCCUGCGCGGCUGCGAAGGAGGAGGAAGGAGGUGUUGCCAAGAUGGCGGCGCUGGGCCGGCGGCUGCUGCCGGCGCUCGGGAGGGCCGCGGGGUGCAGGGGGGUGCAGACCCCCCCCGAGCCCCCCCCCUAUGAGGAGUCCUCUGCUGACUUUGCCUUCGUGGAGCGGCUGCUGCCCCCCAGUGUGGUGCCCGACCCCCCCCCGCACCCCUCCUACCCCACCCCCUCGGGAUGGAGCCCCCCCAGAGGCCCCCCCCCAGCCCUGCCCUACUUCAUCCACCGCUCCCGGUACCACAACCUCCCAGUGUAUGAACACCUGGUGAACGGCAACAGGCGCCUCACAGACCUACAACACGUGGAGGGGGACCUGUGGGCGCUGGAGCGGGAGGUGCGGGAGCUGCUGCAGGCACUGGGGGUGCCGGAGCCGGAGGUGCAGGUGAAUGAGGUGACAGGCAGGAUCCGGCUCAAGGGGCACUGGGGAGCGGAGCUGCGGCGCUGGUUGUUGCAGAAGGGCUUCUAGGGGCUCAGGCAGCCCAUAAUAACCCGGAGACAGCCCAUAAUAAAAGCAGAGUGUCAACAAA